UUAUUAUUCAAUUAUGAUAAUGACGGAUUUGGACACGAAUAAUUCCACGGAUUAUAAUACGAAUAAUUUAGAAAGAAUAAAUCUCAUAUGUAUUAAAUAAAACGUCAAAAUUAAGUUAUUAAAAGUAUUCAAUAAAUUGAUUAUUGUUUAGAUUCGAUGUGCGCUCACGCGCUCUGCUCACAAACGUGACUUCAGGUGUGCGUGCAUAUGAGCGAUUCAAAUGUUAGUUGCUAUAGCGACGCGUGUUAUGAAUUCUGUCUCAUAUAAACACACUGGAACCAGAUCGCAUCUGUUGAUGAUUGAGAGGCGAAGUGAAUUCAGAGACUUUUGCAUUUCUUGAGAUUGAAGCUGUUCGGAGGAUUGCUGAGAGGAGACUUUUAUUCUAGAAGGAGAGCGGAGGAGAUUUCUGUUACACAGUUUUAUUUAUUUCCAAAGAAUUCAUAUUAUUUCUGAGGACACUUUUAUUUUAUUGUUCUUUUAAUUUUAGAAGGAGUUUGGAGUUUCAGUUAUUUCUUUUUUUUUAGCUUUUUUUUUUUCUUUUCUUUUUUUUUUUUUUUUUUUUUUUUUUUUUGAGGAUUAUUUCUGAGGAGAGUUGAAUUUUAUUCUUUUUUAUUUGUGUUGUAUUUAGUAAGUUAUUGUUUUUAUUGCAGUUUUGAAGAGGAUGUCAAUGUCUCACGGGGGUGAAAGAGGAGCCUCAGGCCGCUCCAGAUCCAGGAGAGCUGCUUCCUCUCAGACGGCUGGUCAGGAGGUUUGGAGACCCGGUUCUGAUGACCGGAAUCAGGAUCCGCUGCCAGACCUGACCCAGACACUGAGCCAGGAGAUAUCUGGAUAUUUAACACCUCUGCCGUCAGAGUUUUCUGUUUUUGUGUCCACAGGUCAGGAUCAGUGGAGGAGGAAGCGGCAGAGCAGCAGCCAGCAGAGCCCAGAUGAUGGACGUCCGUCCACUCCAUUUAAAAGACUUGAUAAAAGCUCUCACAGAGCCUCCGGCCACUCCAGAUCCACUCAGACAGAUUCUUCACUGGACGUCAUGUCUGCAUCAUGUCUGUCCCUCUCUGAGGACAAUGUAGAGAGGCGGUCAUGCAGAGAGUUGUUGAGCCUCAGCAGCAGAGGCUCGUACAGCGUCAUAUGGAGGUGGAGUGGUGAUGGAUCAGAUCGCCCAAACCAACAGGGCAACCGGCGUUUGUCCAGGUCCGACAGCCUCGAGGAGUGGAUGUGCCCUCCGCUGCCGGGUCAAGUUCCUGUCGGGCCGCCAGAGACUUCAAAUGGCCGAACUGCUCAGGGUGCCAUGGAGGAGGCUUCACCUGUGAACAAGAGCUCAACAGAAAAACCUACAAAAUGUCGGAAGAGGAAAGGAUUUGGUUCUUUCUUCCGGAGGCUGUGUAAGGCUAUGAAGAGUCCUUUCGGUUGCUGUUUCCACAGUAGUGCUGUGGAUGUUGUGGAGCCUUUUGUCCUUCCAGCAGAUCUGGAGUCAGAGCCUGAUCCUGAACCGUCACCUGCUCCAGAUCACUCCGCCGUCAAGACAAAUAACGAGCCCUUUGAGUCUCUCUAUAACGCGGGAGAGAUGAUUGGAUCUGGAGGAUUUGGCAGGGUGUUCGAGGGAACACGCAAAUUUGGCGCCAAAAAGGUUGCCAUCAAGUGGAUUCGCAAGACUGACAACAAUCGUUACCUUGAUAUUCCUGGGCAUCCCAAACCUCUCGUUACAGAAGUGGCGCUGCUGCUGAUGAUGAGGCGAGAACCCAUCAGCCCCUACAUCAUACAACUAUACGAGUGGUUUGAACAUCCUCGAAAAUUCACUCUGGUCAUGGAGUUCCCUGAACCCUGCGAGAGCUUGCUGGACUUCAUCAUUCGCCAUCCUCAACUGGACGAAACAACAGCACGGGUCAUCAUGCCACUGGCUGUGCUGGCAGUACAACACUGCAUUGAGCACGGUGUUUUUCAUAAUGACGUCCAUGCGCAGAACUUCCUGUUGAAGAAAAACACGUUAGAGCUGAAGCUGAUAGACUUUGGCUGCGGUCAGCUGUUUAGCAGCGAUGGCUACGAGAGGGACAUAUACCGUGGAGUGCUGGAUUACUGCCCACCUGAAGCCUUGACAGACUCUCGAUUCCACGCCGUCCCAGCGAAUGUCUGGUCUCUAGGAGUGUUGCUGUAUGAGAUGGUGAACGCAUGUUCUCCUUUUCAGGACAGAGUGGAAAUCACACGAGCCAAAGUCACAUUUCAGAACUCCAGCUUAUCCAAAGAAUGCAGAGAUCUGAUUGGCCAGUGCCUAACCCGGGAUCCAACUAAACGGCCGACGUUAGAGCAGAUGUUACAACACAAAUGGAUUAGAAAUUAUGUAGAUUGGAGAAGUUCAGGAGAUUCUCUGGAUCAGUGAUUACAGGAAAUAACAGACUUGCUGUCCUCGGUGGAGGGCUUGAACUCGAGACUCGACUGAAGCCUGAAGUCCAACCCCAACCUGACAGGAACUCAGAGCCGCCGCACCAGAGACUCAGAGCCUGUCCACGUCUGAGAAGAACUUGAGAGACGACAAGACUGGAGAGAAUCAUCAAGUCAUCACAGACGCACUUGCUUUGUUUUUAAACGUCAAGACGAGUCAUCUUUAUUUAUAUAGUUCCUUAUGUAUGACCCAGUCUGUUUAUGACUGUUUAUGUAUAUAUGUAUAUAAAAUCUCUAUAUGACCCCUUUGAAUAAAUGUUUUUAGUUGCAUAAAUGCUACAUGGUUGCAAA